AUGCAUGAAACUGUAACCGAAUCAACUGAAGAAGAAGAUAUCCAAGGGAAGCCAUCACUUGCAAAUCAAGACAAUGAGUGUAUCCAGCCUCCAGCUAAAGGCGAUGAAACUGUAACUGAAUCAACUGAAGGAGAUAUCCAGGGGAAGCCAUCACUUGCAAAUCAAGACAAUGAGUGUACCCAGCUUCCAUCUAAGGGCAAUGAAACUGUAGCUGAAUCAACUGAAGAAGGAGAUAUCCAGGGGAAGCCAUCACUUGCAAAUCAAGGCAAUGAGCACACCCAGCCUCCAUCUAAGGGCAAUGAAACUGUAGCUGAAUCAACUCUUAUUGACAAAAGCAUUGAAGGAGAUGAGACCGUAGCUGAAUCAGCUUUUAUUGCAGAGGCAAAUGUAAAAUUAGAGAGACUGAAAUCAAAGGAAAAGUGGUUGGAAAAUGAAAGGGGUAAAACAGAAGAAGAAAAGAAGAAGUGGUCUGCAUACUUUAUUGAACAAGAGGAGAAUGAGAUUGAAAGAAUGAUGAAAGAAGAUGAAGCAAAAAUUGACAUGUGGAAGUGGAUAAGAUUUGGAGAAAGGCUUUUAACAAAAAAUAGAGGCUAUGUAGAACAAUGCUAA